AUGACUGCAUCGCUCAUGCGACUCGACCAUAUCGUGCCCUUCACCCGGAGGCACAAAAAGGGCUUGCGGGAUUUUCUUUUAACUUCGCCCGUGCCCAUGGCAAAGGACCCGUAUGUAGCCGAGGUGUUCACUUUGUUUCUCAUGGAUGAGAUUAUUCAACCAGUUACUACCCCUGAGAAGACUCCUGUAUCAUCACGAACAAGCUUGAGCUGGCAUAGCGACAUAAUUGCGAAACACUUCAGGGUUGUUAUCGGCCAAAAUGGCAUGAAUAUGGCAUCUUAG